GCUACUGUAGUGUUGGAUCAGAUUUGUGUGUUGGAUUUAAUUUGGUGUGUAGGGUUAACACAGAAAGGGGUGCGGUUACAUCCACAACUCCCCUUAUAGCGUACAGAGCAACAAAAAUACGUGCUGUUGUAUCUCAGACACACAGCACAGGAUGAGAUAUAUACAGCCUGUGUGUGUGUGAGUGUGUGUGAGUGUGUGUGUGUGUGUGUGUGAGUGUGUGUGCGGCUGAGAGAUAGAGCAGGAGAACAGAGACAUUGUAGUGUGGAGCAGUUUACACUGGUGAAGAUGUAACAGGUAACAGGAGCAAUGACACGCGCGUCUGAUCGGUGACUGAUGCUGGAGGAGAGAAUACAUCGUAACCAAGCAACCGUUUCACCUGGACACGGGGUCUCACCUGCAGCUCGGGGGUCUAGAAGCAGGAACUGCGCUUUAACACGUUUGAAGCCAGACGGUCUACUCAGAAGAAAGGAUAUAGGGGUGACGCAGAGGACUUUCUUUCACUUUUUAUUGACAAGCUGGAAAUGGCUCUGUCAAUUAGGAUCUGUCAAGAGAUGCUGCCUCUGAAAAACAUACAGCUCAAGUCAAGCAAUUAAAGGGAGUCAGUCAGCAAAGGAUGAUCGUUGCUAAAUUCUGACACGUCGUUAGUUUUUCUGUUUGUUUUUUUACUUUUGUCCUUCGUCAUUUUUCACUUACAAAAAUGAAUAACAUGUUCACCAUAAAAGCAGAUGUCAUAUUUCACGCAGCGGCUCACGAGGACUCGGAGAAGUCCAUCAUUACCAAAGGGACUGAAGAGGUUAUUUCAAGAGAAGUUAGUGCUUGUGUUUCCGAGACAGGAAUACUGCAAAGAUCCUGGGAUAAUAUGCAAUCUGGAAGUGUAGCAGAGACUGGAAAUCUGGGAAAGCGCUGCUCGGGUUCAGGAGACUGUCUGCAAGAUGGAAACUCCAGUGACAGCGGGUUUCAGGAUCACGUUCAACCAGCGGAUGCUAGCGUUAAGACGCAGAGCGAGUCAUCGAGCAAAAAUGGAGUAAACGAGAAGGCGAACGGAGCCACGGCUGAGAGAUCUUUACUUGGCCUGAGGUCGGAAACCAGAGGGGAAAUGGCUAAAUCUUAUGUUUAUGAGAGCGAAAUCAUGAGGAGUCCAAGCGUCGUCAGUAACGUGUCCUCUCUUUCACAGGACUCUUUUUCUGACUCAAAGGAAAGCAGAUCGAUGGAACAAUCACUGGGAAAUUUAUGUUUAUUACAAGGAGCUGCACAUGGACACUUUACAAACGAGUCUGUACAUGACAUAAAACACAGCGAUAACGGGGUAAAAAAUUCUGUCUCUCUUCGAGAGAAGCCUGAUUUAGUUAUUGAAGUAGGCAGGCAGAAGGUCCAAGUACAUAAAUCUGUUCUAGCUGAAAAAAGUGACUAUUUUAAAGCCAGGCUUUCUCGAGACAUUCUGAAAGUGAAAGGCGUUAGCUACAAAACACUGUCUGUCCUGAUAGAUUAUGUUUAUACCUCCAACAUUAAUGUGAACAAGGAUAACAUCGUCGAUGUUGUCACCGGUGCGAAGAUCUUACAGAUCCCCUGUGCAGUGCAGGCAGCAAUCGAUGCCAUGUCUGCGCAGCUCACGACGCAGAACUGCUACGAGAUUCUAACCAUCGCUAAAAAGCAGCGACUAAGUGAACUGAAGGAGACGGCGUAUCGUUUCAUAAGUGACAACUUUCUGCAGGUUUUGAAAGAUCCCGCUGUUUACGGGCGUCUCACGGGCUCUGAGCGCGACUUAGUUUUGAGAAAUCGCAUGGAGGGACGCAAGUGUCUGAUGGUGGCUGAGAUCAAUGACGUUUUUGAGAGAGUGGGCAGCAGACCCCCUAGCAGGGGCAACAGCCGGCCACAGAGCCCUCUCUCCGUCACCUCCUUUGAGGACAACCACAUGAUCUACUACUACAACGAGAAUACCAAGGAUUGGCACACUUUGACCAUAAUGCCCGAGGAUAUUAAUACCAAAGGCUGUGGCAUAUGUUGCUUGUAUAACUACCUGUUUGUUGCAGGUGGCAUCCGAGGAUAUGGGGAGAAAGGCAAGGCGUCAGACAAAGUUUUCUGCUACAAUCCUGUAACAGACCGCUGGAGCGAGAUAAGGCCUAUGAACCAAGCAAGGUCACAGCUCAAAUUAGUGUCCAUGGAUGGCUUUUUGUAUGCCAUUGGUGGGGAAUGUCUCUUUACCGUGGAGAAGUAUGACCCUCGUAUGGACCGUUGGACCACUGUGGCUCCGCUGCCCAAAGGAGCAUUUGCAGUUGCCCAUGAGGCUACCACCUGCAAUGGAGAGCUGUACGUAUCGGGAGGAACUCUCUUCUACCGCCUCUUGAAGUAUGACCCCAAGAGGGAUGAGUGGCAAGAAUGUCCAUACAACAACAGCAGGAAGAAAUCCACUGACAUGGUUGCUCUGAAGAGCUUCAUCUACAGGUUUGAUGUCAACCGCGAACAAGGCAUCAACGUGUUUAAGUACAACACCAUAGUCAAGAUGUGGCACGACUGUGCUUCCUAUCAGCAAGGGAGCCCGCUACCGUUCAGGUGUGCCGUGAUUGGAAACUGCAUCUACUGUGUCAACAAGACUCAGACUCUGCAGUUUAUCGUGGAGGAAGAAGGUGCUCGAUUUGAAGAAGAACCUCUGAAAGCUCCCACGGAGGCUAAAGGAGUGUUAUUCCCAUUCGUUCUGACCUUGCCAGAUAGAAGUGAUCGAAAUGUGUGAGUAGGGAGUCUUCAGGGAGCAAAGCAUGAGUAGAAAUGUGUAAGAAGCAUGGUCAAUGAAAAGAAAGCUUUAUUUCUUGCUCAGUUAAACUGCUUGUAACAGGAAUGUUUCUCUUUGCAUGGUGGAUGAACAUCCAACAGACUCCUUAAAAGGACAACACUUUACUUUUAAUAUCGUGGCACAGUGGCAUUACUUAUAUAUAUAUGUGUAUAUAAAACCUGGAUGCAUUUGUUUUGUGCACCUUUCCACAUGGAAUGUUGGACAGAAACGAUCUGGGAGCAACAAAAUCAGAUUUAAAAACCAAUUGCCACAAAAAAAAGCACAACAAAAAAUGAACUCCAAAUAAAAUCUAAAGCAGAAGUAGAAUUAAGAUCAUUAAACUGGAGGUAGACAUGAUUUAAGAAUAAAUGAAAUAAUUCCUUUCAUUUAAAGAAGAGACUAUAGCACAGAAAAAUUUAAAUAUAAGGACAGUAUUUAGUUAACACGAACCUUUGAGCACACGCCUCUGAUUUGAAGCGAAGCCGUCGGACAAGGAAAGGUUACGCUAACAAAACUUGGCUGUACGCCGUUUAAGAGCACAAAGCACUCAACUGUUCUCUUUCUUUGGAGGCAAUCGGUAAGGAUACAGGAUUAACGCGUGAGGAACGUCUGAUCGUAUGCAUCUUUUCUAACAAGGGCUUUACAAACAGCAGGUGAACUAGGAAUCAAGCCAGUGAUUUGAAUUGCAGACAAACUUAGCUAGGAGAAUAUUUUGCCUUUCCAUCGGCGGUUCAUGUGUCCUUUAGUUCAGCGGCUAUUAAAGAGGCUUCUGGGGAUUCUAGGAAUCUGGGAAGCGUAGCCUAGGGGGCUAUAGCACAAUUAUUUUAUUACAGUGUUGGAAAUCACAAUCUACCAUUAUCAGUGCUAGAAUAUUUAUUACUGUGUUCUGAAAGUUAUUAGCUAGUUUGACUGACCGCACGAAUUGAACAGGUUUGAGUUCUAAACAAAUUGCUUUUGUCCACUAGACAUAGAUUUACGUUGAUGUUGUUUGGCAGAUGCCUUUAUCCAGAGCGACAUUAGUUUAUUUUAUAAAAAUGAGCAGUUAAGGGUCUUCUUCAAGGGCCAAUCAGUGUCAUUGUGGUGGUUCUCCAAUCCCUUAACCAAGCCCUUAACAUGAUGGUUCUCCAGUCCCUUAACCAAUCCCUUAACAUGGUGGUUCUCCAAUUCCUUAACCAAUCCCUUAACAUGGUGGUUCUCCAAUCCCUUAACCAAUCCCUUAACCAAUCCCUUAACAUGGUGGUUCUCCAGUCCCUUAACCAAUCCCUUAACCUGGUGGUUCUCCAAUCCCUUAACCAAUCCCUUAACAUGAUGGUUCUCCAGUCCCUUAACCAAUCCCUUAACCUGGUGGUUCUCCAAUCCCUUAACAUGAUGGUUCUCCAGUCCCUUAACCAAUCCCUUAACCUGGUGGUUCUCCAAUUCCUUAACCAAUCCCUUAACAUGGUGGUUCUCCAAUCCCUUAACCAAUCCCUUAACCAAUCCCUUAACAUGGUGGUUCUCCAAUCCCUUAACCAAUCCCUUAACAUGAUGGUUCUCCAGUCCCUUAACCAAUCCCUUAACCUGGUGGUUCUCCAAUCCCUUAACAUGGUGGUUCUCCAGUCCCUUAACCAAUCCCUAAACCUGGUGGUUCUCCAGUCCCUUAACCAGUCCCUUAACCAAUCCCUUAACAUGGUGGUUCUCCAAUCCAUUAACCAUUGAGCUACCACUUGAUGUCUUAUCAACUUGAUGGUCCUGAUGGUUCAAUGUCCAGAUACAUAAAGCUUCAAAUAACUAGUCAGAAUGUUUUUGUACACAUUUAAAUAAUGUGGAAUAUUUGACUUUGUUUCAUAAAAUCAAUCUGUGCUGAUGAGGUUUAUGAAAUUUAGGUUACAGUUAAAACAGUCAGAUACAGAACUGAAGCACUGCCGAUGACGAGCAGGCCGAGCGUCUCGGUUUGAAUCUGAAGCACAAUUUUGCUGAUUAGAUCUCUGUGUAUGAGAGAAACAUGACACUUUGUGAAACUGUUUCUGGAUCCGUACAAGCAAAAAUAUUUUGCACUUUCUGAUGACUUUUUUCCAGUUUGCAAUAAGAUGCUAGAGCUAGUUGGAAGAUUAAUGGUGUGUGUGUGUGUGUGUGUGUGUGUGUGUGUGUGUGUGUGUGUGUGUGUGUGUGUGUGUGUUGCUAUCACAGAAGUAAAAGCAAACUAAUCUCAAUCCAAAUCUGCUGCUGCUGCAUUUCUGAGAAAUUUCUGAACAUUAUUCGUCUCGUAACUCUCAGUAAAGCCGGAAAAGGAAAUUUGACGCUACAUCCGUCAGCACAUCAUAAUCGAUUCUUUUUCAAAAGUUGUGACCGGUUCAAGUUGAAAUAGAGCCUUAUAACUCAGUCGCUGCUCUUUUCUCGAUGUGUGUUUAUGAUUAUUCUAAAUAAAAAAGUAUUGUUCAAA